AUGUACACUAGAGAACCCAAGGAGAAGCCGCGACGCAAGAGCGUUAUCAAGAUGGAUCCCAACUGUGCGAUAUGCAACGCCCCGGCCACACUAGCAUGUGACUGCGAAGCCAAGGGGCUCGAGAUGGCAGUCCGCCAGGCCGAGGACCGCAUGAUGCGCUCCAUCUACUCCGAUAUCAGGUCCUGGGUGCGCGCCCAUGCCCAAGACUACGUCCUCGAGUACUUUCGACUACUCGCUGAGCGCCGCAAGAAUGCACACACGGCACAUCUCGACCAAAUAUCGGCCCACGCUUUCUACCAUUACAACGCUCCACCGCACCCCAACCAAAUCGCCGAUGCCCAAGCGAUGCUCAAGCGCGGUAUCGACGAGGACUGGCAGGCGUCGGUCCAACGCUAUCCCGAGGUCCUCGAGUACUACUUUGGCCUGGUAGAGCUCACUCUCCCGGCCGAUGACGAGCCAGCCGUAAAGGAUCCCCCUCUUAGUGCGCUGAACGGUGGGAGUCGCAAAGCCAUACGGAGAGCUGGCACUGAAGACGAGAGCUCCAGCAGCAGUCGUGCCGGUGGCAGUGGACCCUUUCCAGCUACGGAAUACGGCUCGGAGGGACAGGAGGCCAAUGCCAGCCAGGAUGUCGCACCCUCCCGCGCCAUUCUACGCUCCAUACCCCUGAACAUCCACGACGCCGUCUACCGCCCUUACGAAUUGCAUGAGUCUAUGAACCCCCGCGAACGCAUCAUGAACAGCGUGGCGUUGUUGUUUCUGAAUCAGGACCAGGUGAGGGUGAUUUGGAAGUUGGCUUAG